CGGGAAGAUGGACCUGAAGAGUCUGGGCGGCGUGGGGGUUACGGCUUCCCGGGUGGAGCUGGGGGAUUGGUAGCACAAUGUCGCACUCGUUGAAGAUGUUGCCCUGCAAGAAGAGAAGAGCUGUUGCUGUGGGGCCCCAGAGUCCUUCCGUCGACUUGAGCUAUCACAAGGAGUGUGCAGCUCUCCUCUCAGAUGCGGAGUCUGUUAAACUGGAGUCUUCUAAUCCUAGCGGCGCUGAGGAGCUCAGAGACUGUGUGUCAAAGCACUGGCGAGUGAGCAACAUCACAGAUACUCAGCCCGUGUCAGCUGCCGACAAGACUGGUGCACAGCCUGUGUGUUCUGCAAGCACUGCUAUCAUACUGGAUGAGGAUUUGCCCUUUUUGGAAACCACUGAUGGUGGAGCCUCUAAAGGAAACAUAAUCCCAGGAAAAGGGACCUCCCAGGUGUGUAGCCAAAGGGCUUGGAAAGAACCAGUGGAGAAUUUCUUGAGGAGUGGGAAAAGAAUCACAGUGAAACGUAGAUCAGAUCUCAGUCAGGACAGUGGUGAAGGUCAACAGAACACAAAAGAAACUGCGUCGGCAACUGAAUUUCUUGAGCAGGGUAAGGAUCAAGAAUUCACUGAAGAAGGGAAAUCUCCUAAAUUGCCUAUGGGGGUAGAAGUAAUUUUGCAGAGACACCCCCAUCCAUCUGACAACCACUCUCCAAAACAAGUGGCCCAAGUGAAAAGUUCCUUGCUGCUGCCGAUUAAAGCUCCUGCCACGAUCAAGACAUUGAAAAACACCAGAACAGGGGAGCAGCUGCAGCAGACUGAUGAGGAAACUGAGGACGUUGGGCUGUUUAUUCCACUGGAGGAGCAAGAUUUAGAGGAAGGUGAGAGAAGGAAGAAGAGGAGGAAGGCAACCAAACGUAAACGUGAAGAGAGAGGCCAAGAAGAGGAGGCGUCCUUGGCUUGUGACAUCAAACUAGAUGACAUGCUUGAUCGCACCUUAGAAGAUGGAGCGAAACAGCACAACUUGACCGUCGUCAAUGUGCGAAAUAUCCUCCAUGAAGUGAUCACAAAUGAGCAUGUGGUUGCCAUGAUGAAAGCAGCCAUCAGUGAGACAGAAGACAUGCCCAUGUUUGAGCCAAAAAUGACUCGCUCUAAACUGAAGGAAGUUGUGGAAAAAGGAGUGGUAAUCCCUGCAUGGAAUAUUUCUCCAAUUAAGAAGGCUAAUGAGAUCAAGCCUCCUCAGUUUGUGGACAUUCCUCUUGAAGAAGAUGAUUCAUCUGAUGAGGAAUACCAGCCUGAGGAUGAGGAUGAGGAUGAGACUGCUGAAGAGAGCUUGUUGGAAAGUGAUGUGGAGAGCACUGCCUCUUCUCCUCGGGGAGCAAAGCGAUCUAGGACAAGGCAAUCAUCAGAUAUGAUAGAGACAGAUGAAGAGGGAGCAACCCUAUCUGAGGUGGAGAAGGUUUCUACACCCCUUAUUAGGCAUAUUAGUGCUGAAGUGGUUCCCAUGGGACCUCCACCACCACCUAAACCGAAACAGAGCGGGGAUAGCACUUUUAUGGAGAAGCUGCAUGCUGUGGAUGAGGAAUUGGCCUCCAGCCCAGUGUGCAUGGAUUCCUACCAGUCUUUGGAUGAUAGCCUCAUUGCUUUCCGCACCCGAUCAAAGAGACCCUUGAAGGAUGUUCCUCUUGGUCAAUUGGAGGCUGAGCUCCGUGCCCCAGAUAUCACACCAGACAUGUAUGACCCAAAUACUGCAGAUGAUGAAGACUGGAAAAGAUGGCUUGGGGGACUCAUGAAUGAUGAUGUGGAGAGUGAGGAUGAGGCAGAUGAUGAUGAUGACCCUGAGUAUAACUUCCUGGAAGAUCUGGAUGAACCAGACACAGAAGACUUCAGGAAUGAUCGUGCUGUGAGAAUCACCAAGAAAGAAGUAAAUGAACUGAUGGAGGAGCUGUUUGAGACAUUCCAGGAUGAGAUGGGUUUCUCCAACAUGGAGGAUGAAGGCCCAGAGGAUGAGGACACCGUUGCAGAGUCACGGCCGAAUUUUAACACACCACAGGCGCUUAGAUUUGAAGAGCCUCUGGCCAACUUACUCAAUGAACAGCAUCGGACUGUGAAGGAACAGCUUGAACAGCUGAGAAUAAAGAAAUCUUCGACCAAGCAGCCACAGGAGAUGGAGAGGUCUAAACCUCAAAUUGAGAAGCCACUUCAGACCCUAGUUUUGGACAUGGAGCAGAGAAAGAGGCUGCAUCAGCAAAUGCAGCAGCAUGUCCAGCUCCUGACUCAAAUCCACCUUCUUACCAGCUCCAACCCUAGUCUGAGUUCAGAAGCCAGCACCACGAGGAUGUUUCUGACUGAGCUGAGUAACUUUGCUCACAGUUCCAUGCUCCUUCGUCAGCAGUUCCAUCCCAAGUUUCAAACAGUGUUCCAGCCAUGUAACUUGAAGGGAGCGUUGCAGCUCAUUGAAGACUUUCAUGCCCAGGUCAAAGUUGAUUGGAGCCCUCGCAAAACUGUGAAGAAGAGUGCAAAUGAAUUCCCCUGUCUUCCAAAGCAAGUGGCAUGGAUUCUGGCAACGAGAAAAGUCUUUAUGUACCCAGAGCUGUUACCAAUUUGCUCCCUGAAGGCCAAAGCCCCCCAGAACAAGAUUAUCUUCACAAAGGCAGAGGACAAUUUAUUAGCUUUGGGUCUGAAACACUUUGAAGGGACAGAGUUUCCUAAACCUUUGAUCAGCAAGUAUCUCCUGCCAGCAAAGACUGCACACCAGCUGACAGUGAGAAUCAAGAACCUCAAUAUGAACCGUGCCCCUGACAAUAUCAUCAGAUAUUAUAAAAGAACAAAGCAGUUGCCCAUUUUGUUCAAGUGUUGUGAGGAGAUCCAGCCUUCUGAGUGCAAACCCCCUGUGGAGAGGGAAGAGCAGCAUUUGCCAUUCUGGCUGAAGGCAAGUUUGUCCUCCAUUCAAAGGGAGCUGAAGCAAUUAGCAGAAGAUGCUGGGGAGGCAGCAGGUUCACCCAGUGCAGAAUCUGCUCUUUUGAGGGCAGAAAAAGAAACUUCGGAAUCACAAUGUGAUGAAAAAUACCCUCUGCUCAUGCCCAAGGGAAUAGUGCUGACACUGAAGCCUCUUGCCAACCGUUUCUCCAGGAGAGCUUGGAGGCGGCAAGGGUCUGCAGCCCUGAAGCCCCUACUCAUUCGACCAAGUCCUUGUCUGCAGCCGAGUGCCAACACUAUUAAUAUUCAGAAAGCUGCUGUAAAGUUACCCCAAUCAGAAGCUCCUCCUAGCAAAGUUGUGGUUCAAAUUCCCCGCUUAAUCCAGCCAGCUACAAUUAUGCAGACUAUGCCAGGAAUGCAGCAUUUGAACAUCCCUUCUGCAGUGGGAAGUGGCGAUUGCUUUGAAUUUCAAAGCGUGCUCUCCACUUUACAAUCUGAUUCCAGAACUUCUCUUCCAGCUGCUGUACCACCAGCACUAGUAUCCUCAACCCCUGUGACUUUUCAGACAAAAAUGAUGCCAGCAUUGACUGCCUCAAAAAUCCGCAAACCUUGUGUCCGCAGGGGAUACCAAAAGAAAAAGGGAACAAAAUCCACCCCUCUGAUAAAGGCUGCCCCUUUGAUCCAUCCAGCCCCUGUCAUCUUUACGGUACCUGCUGCUACAGUGAAAGUGGUUAGUAUUGGCAAUGGCUGCAAUAUGAUUCAGCCCAUAAACACAACAGUUGGCAGGGGCACUCAGGCUAUUCCAAUUACAACUUUGUUGGUAAAUCCCACCACCUUCCCAUGCCCAUUAAAUCAGCCUCUAGUGUCCUCUUCUAUUCCUCCCUUGAUAGCCUCUCCUAACUCUGUAGGUCUUCCUGCUUCAUCAACUGCUGAAGACAAAGAGCAGUUGAAUCCAGUCCCUUCCUGUCUUGCUGUAAAUGAUGAAAAUUCCUUCCCCAUAGCUGAGCCUAAAGUGGAACCCCAAGAGCUUUACUCUUCAUGUUCUGCCAUCUCCCCCAAGAAGGAACACAGCACAGGUCCUGCUACUCCAGACAAUGACAGCCAGGAGAAGGUUAAAGAGAGUGAGUGUUAUAGUUGGAUAGUUGUGGAGACAAUGGAGAAGAAGGCCUUGGAGCCAUUACCCAUGGACCUCUUACCUCAUUUGGAGGUUUUAGGAGAAACAGUGAAAACUGAACCUGAAGAUUCCAGUGAUGCCCUUGAAGAAAUAAACCCAACUCAGGAGAAGAAAAACUUGAACGCUGAAAUAAAGGAGGAGUUCAUACUGGAUCUAGGGCAAGAGCUGGACAUGGAGGUCACAUCUGAGCAUCUGAGUGAACAGAAGGCAAUUAAAAAAGAGUGCACGUCCCAUCAGGAGAAGGGACGAGAUGUGGAGGCACCCACCCAGGAUGAGCAGCAGUUGGAAGACAUUGAUACAGCUGGGGUGGAAAUGAGCAAUGAGUCUUCCAAGAAUGCCUCUCAUUCAACAGAUGUUGAUGCAGAGUUCAGUAGUCCAUUGGGGAAACCAGAGGACUCAUCCAGUGUGGAUGGUCAUUCUAUGGGGACACCAGCUGGCCCUGAAGCAGUGGGAGAGAAGGACGGACAAGAAGAGGAAGAGGAGGAGGAUUUUGAUGAUUUUACUCAAGAUGAGGAGGAUGAAGAAGAAAUGUCAUCAGCAUCAGAAGAGUCCGUGCUUUCUGUGCCAGAACUUCAGGAGACAAUGGAAAAACUGACUUGGCUUGCAACAGAGAGGCGUCUGAGCCAGGAGGGAGAUUCUGAGGAAGAGAAUUCCCAGGAAGAGAACUCAGAGCCGGAAGAGGAAGAGGAGGAGGAGGGAGAAGGGGAAGGAAUGGAAAGUUUGCAAAAAGAAGAUGAAAUGACAGAUGAGAUAGCUGAAGAUGCAGCAGAGGAACCCAAAUCUGCCUUCAUUUUUACAAAGGUUGCCCCAGAGGUGGAAACCAACAGAAUGCCACCAGAUGAGAAUGCCAAAGUGCCUGGGAAAAACAGGAACUCCCACAGAGCCAGGAAUAAGAGGGGACGGACUCGUGCCAGCAAAGACACCUCCAAGUUGCUGCUGCUGUAUGAUGAAGAGAUUCUGGAGAGAGAUCCUCUCAGGGAACAGAAGGAUUUGGCAUUUGCACAGGCCUAUCUGAACAGGGUGCGCGAAGCUUUGCGGAAUGUGCCUGGGAAGUAUGAAGACUUCCUUCGUGUUAUCUAUGAGUUUGAGACCAGCACCCACAAGCCAACUGCUGUGGAUCUGUAUUCCACUCUCCAGACCCUCCUGCAGGAGUGGCCACAGCUGCUCACAGACUUUGCUGCCUUUCUUUUGCCUGAGCAAGCUCUGGAGUGUGGAUUGUUUGAAGAGCAGCAAGCAUUUGACAAAAGCCGGAAGUUCCUCAGGCAGCUGGAAAUCUGCUUUGCUGAAAAUCCCACUCACCAUCAAAAGAUCAUCAAAGUGCUGCAAAGCUGUGCAGACUGCCUCCCCCAGGACAUUGCAGAGUUGAAGACCCAGAUGUGGCAGCUGCUGAAAGGACAUGACCACCUGCAGGAUGAAUUCUCCAUCUUCUUUGAUCAUUUACGUCCAUCAGCCAGCCGCAUAGGAGACUUUGAGGAGAUCAACUGGACAGAGGAGAAAGAGUAUGAGUUUGACGGGUUUGAAGAGGUGUCGUUACCAGAUGUAGAAGAGGAGGAGGAAACCCCCAAGAUGCACACAGCCUCGAAAAAUAAAAAGAGGAAAGAGAUUGGAGGCCAGAACAAUGACAAGGAGAUGGAGUGGGUGGAUGGGGUGAAGGAAUGUUCGUGCUCCUGCCAUGAAGGGAGCAGUGACCCCAAACUAAAGAAGAGCAAGAGGAGGACCUGCAGCCAUUCCAGCUGUAAGGUGUGUGAUAGCAAAUCCUAUAAAAAUAAAGAUUCUCAAGAGCUCACUAACAGCCUGACUCAACGAGAGUUGAGCCCUCAGCCUGAAGAGAAGGAGCCUGCAGAGGAGUCUCUGGAGUACAGGGAUGAAGUGGAGAAUGGCCAGAGCAGAACAAAAACCAUGUCUAGGAAAGCAGACUCCCUGUCUUCAGGAUCUCAACUAGAAGGACAGUUGAUCUGCUGCAGAGGCGUGUCUUCUGAAGGAGGAUUGCCGAAUAGCAGGGUCCUAGAACUGAGCUCUACAGGAAGCCCUCUGUGCUCUGCAAAAGCUGGGGUCACUGCUGUUGUGGACACUGCAAAAGAAAGUCAAACUGGAAUUACUGACUCUGGAUUUAAUAUAAAGCUGCCUCAACAGAACAAAAGCAACCCUUACGGUCUAGGAAGUGAUAGUGAGACAAGAUUAAACCAGAGACGUGGAGGGACUGGUGAGGGUUCCCUUGGCCUUGCCAAGCAUGUUUUAGGGUCUGAUUCAGCUACAAGGACAGGCUGCACGGGAGCUGAUCAUUUCCCUGGAAGGCGCUCGCAACAGAAUGUAGCCCUUCAGUUCAAGUCAUCAGUUAAACCUGGACACGCUCCUUCAAAAUCAGGAGGGAGAGAAAUGGAGAGAUUGUCCUUCCCCCUGAAAGGAAAACCUGAAGUGAGGAGGAAUUGGUUGGGAGCAGUUAGAAAACUCAGGCUGAAGAUACUGGAUAAGAGCUCCCACUUGCAGGUCCCCAGUGAUCGUGUACUAUCAGAAGCAGAUGGUACUGGCUGCACUGGAGUCUCUCCUUUUGACCAGGAAUCACAGAGCAGAUUAAAGUCAAAUAAAAGUAACUGCUGCUUCAAGGUGCAGCAACAGUCUGAAGAGCUGGAAUGUAGAGCAGUUCCUUCCGACAAGGGGGAAAGGGAAGAUGAGCAGCAGCAGAAAAUCAUGGAAGCCACCGUGUGUGCAAAGAAUAGCAAAGUCAGCUCUACUGGGGAGAAGGUUGUUCUCUGGACCAGGGAGGCCGACCGUGUCAUUCUUACCACCUGCCAGGAGCGAGGAGCCCACCUGGAAACCUUCAGUGCCAUCUCACAGGAACUAGGCAAUAAAACUGCUAGUGAGGUGUCCCACCGGUUCAGGGAAUUGAUGAGGCUCUUCCAUACCUCCUAUGAUGGAAGCUCUGAGGAUGAGGAAGAUGCAACAAGCACCAGCAAUACUGACCAGCUGUCAGAUAAGGAUCUACUCCUCUCUGAAGAAGAACAGGAUGACUAAACACAUUUGUGCUGGUGGACAAACUACACUUGUGACAUUGUCAUUAGGUACUAGCCAGUUUGCUGCUAGAGGGAUGCUCUGGUAGAGGCAGGAAUAUUUGCACAGGACUGUAACUUAAAAUGGCACCUUACUUUUUGGGAUAAUCUUGCUACAUAUAUAACCAAUUAAACUUCAUUUCUGCAGGAGCACAGGUCUAAUGUUUGACACAAAAUUAGUAGAAUAAUGUUACUCUGGCAGCUUUUCAUUCUGCAAAUGUGACCUGCAUGACUAAAAGGGGAGAGCUUAAAGACUCCAUUGGGGCUAGGCCCUGGCUCCCAAACCCCUGCCUCUGUGUAAUAAAGAUUUAAAUUGAACAUACUAGUGAGUUAUUGCAGAUACAGCAGUAAAAAACUUGUAAUUAUUGUAUCAUAAGAUGUGUCCUGUUUUCAGGUGAAGUAAAUGCUUUCCCACUCUCAAAUUUUGCAAAUUCCAUUACUGUCCUUUUUAUAUCUGGAAAGGCUAUAAGCUAAAAUGAUCCAUGGUUAUUGUUCAGUAUACAGCAUAAACCCCAUUCUGUUGUGAUAAAUGAUGGACACUGGU